AAGAGUAACUCCUCCCCAACGCAAUUAAAGCCUUUAAUACAGGUGGCAUGGGACAAAACACAGAACAGCUUUUCUCUUGAUCUGCAAACAGCAUGAGGACUCUUCAGGAAAAAAUCAUUGUGGUUUCCGUUUUUCUGUCUCUGAUCUGCACCAUUCAGGUCGAGUCUCUGCCUGUACCUGAAGACUGGAAUGGUUUGCUCCAGCGGACCAAACGGUCACUUCUGUGGCGUUGGAACAGCAUGAAGCCUGUGGGUGCCAGCUGCAGGGAUCACUUAGAGUGUGGCACAAAAUUCUGCAGGAAAAAUAGCUGUUCCUUCUGGAACUCCACCUGAAGAAGAGAUACACAAACAUAACUCCAUCAGGGUGACUGUCGACAAAACAAAUAUCUGCCUUAUGGACCAAAGCGACCUGUCUCAAAAUUAACCCUGUAUGAAGUUACUGUUCUGAUAAUCUGGCUUGAACUGAAGACCUGCUGGUCAUUUAUCAGACUCUGUGCAUUCAGUUAAAGUUAUCUGAUCUGGCACUGCACUGCAGUAAAGCAAAGCCAUAAAUGAUGGGUUCACAUGAACAGUCAAAUAGCUCCAUCUCGGGCAAUAUUGAUUUUUGAAACUUAAUUUGUCUAAAACACUUGCAGGACAUCAGACAGGCUGUAAAAAAAUGUUUUUAAUAAGAAAAUAUAAAUAUUCUUGCUCUGAGUUUAUUGGUUCAUGUUAUUAUUAUAUAUAUUUAUUUGUACAUAUUGUAAAUUAUGUAAAUGUUCAAAUAUACUUUUUUCAAGAGGUUGUGUUGCCCAAAUUGUAUUUGUCAACAAGUUCAGAACAAAUUAAAAUAUUCCUCACAGUUCUUUCUGAUCUUUCAAUGCAAUGGAAAAAGAUGAUAAAAAGUUUGAUGUUGGCUGGUAAAAAAAAUGACUGGGAUUUUUUAAAUUGAAUUUAUUUUUCAAGUACAAUAUUUCCAUAUUUAUUCAUCCAAGGCCAUGUGAUCCUGUGAUUCUUAACUCUUCACCCACCAAGGGACAAGCUUUGUCUUACUGCUUUUGCAUGUUUUGAAUCAUCAUUAUUCUUUAUUGCUGUUUUUCCAUCAAAAGCUCUUCUGAUUAACAACAAAAAAUAUUGAAAUUCAAAUAAAUAAGCCAGGAAAUUGGCCAUA